AUGGAGACAGCAAAGGAACUUUGGGAGGAUCUUCGGGAACGGUUUGCCAUUGGGAAUGAUCUGCGGAUUCACCAAUUAAAGAAUGACUUGGCCAAUUGCAAACAAGAGGGCAUGAUCGUAUCCGGAUAUUAUGGGAAGAUGAAGACCAUGUGGGAGGAGUUGGCUGGGUAUGUGACGAACCCACAAUGUACAUGUGGUGAAUGCAAGUGUGGAGCGGCAACCGAGCUGGUGUUGGAGCGGGAAAAGGAGAAAAUUCAUCAAUUCCUCAUGGGUCUUGUCAGUGCAGUUUAUGGCACUAUUAGAUCAAAUAUUCUGAGUACGGAUCCUUUACCUUCAUUAAACCGAAUACAUGCAAUAAUUGUGCAAGAAGAAUGGCACAAAACGGUGGCUCGAGCACAUGAAGAACGAGGAGAGGCUGUGGGAUUUGCUGUGCAAACUGGAAAUAGAGCCAAAGUACCGAACAAUGAUGAGAAGAUGUGCUCUCACUGUGGAAAAACUAGACAUGAGGUGCUCGAAUGCUUUCAACUUGUGGGCUACCCAGAUUGGUGGUAUGCAGGCAAAGGAGGUUGUUCUGGUGGUCAUGGGGGAAGAGAAGGUCGAGGCACAGGAACAAGAAGGGGUCGAGGAGGGUCUGGUACAGCGGCUGCCAAUGCUGUCCAGACACCAGGAAGCUGCGGCGCCAGCACCACUGUUGCUGCUAUCCGGACUAGCAAUAAAGAUGGUUUUCCCGGGCUUAAUGAUGAACAGUGGGCAACGCUAAUGGCAAUGAUCAAUUCACACAAGGAAUCCGCUUCAGAGAAAUUGACGGGUAAGAAAAUGUGGUUGAUAGAUUUGGGAUGUUCUCACAAUAUGACCGGGAAUUUGGAGUUAUUGAAGAAUGUGCGUGAAAUCUCUCCUUGUGCCGUUGGACUUCCUGACGGAAAGAAUAUGAUGGCAUUGCAAGAAGGAGAAGUGCAACUUGGGAAAUUAUUGAUCUUAAAGCAUGUUUUAUAUGUUCCCAACUUGAAUUGCAAUUUGAUAUCUGUGUCUCAAUUUAUCGGUGAAUUAAAAUGUACAGUCACAUUUUCUGACAAAAUGUGUGUAAUGCAAGACCCCUCUUCUAGGACAAUGAUUGGUGUGGGUGAGAAGCGUGAUGGGGUCUAUCUUUGGCACUGUAUGGAAAGGACUAGUGCAUGCAGAUUGGCAAAGGUGGACUCAUAUGAACUGUGGCACAGGCGAAUAGCUAAACAAACCCGUGAUGUGUUUCCUUUAAGCAAUAAUAAAGCUUCUGCACCUUUUUCCUUGAUUCAUUGCGAUGUUUGGGGACCAUAUCGUGCUCCUGCUUCAUGUGGUGCUAUAUACUUUUUGACCGUUGUUGAUGAUUACUCAUGGGCAGUGUGGAUUUAUUUGAUGGUAGAAAGGAGUGAACUUAGUGCUAACAUUGUGAAAUUUUGUGCCAUGGCAAAUUUACCUAUAAGUUUUUGGGGUGAAAGUAUGUUGACUACAGGAUAUCUGAUUAACCGUUCUCCAAGUCCCCUACUUGAUGGAAAGAGUCCAUAUGAAUUGUUGUUUGGGAAGGAACCAACUUACAAACAUAUUCGUGUUUUUUGGUGUUUAUGUCAUGCUCAUUAUCAAGGGCGUGACAAAGAUAAGUUUGGUUCUCGAAGUCGAAGGUGCGUUUUUGUUGGGUACCCUUUCGGUAAGAAGGGAUGGAGACUCUAUGAUUUGGAUACAAAUGAGUUCUUCGUAUCCCAUGAUGUUGUAUUCUCUGAACAUAUUUUUCCUUAUAAGGUUGCUGUCUCCGAAUCUCUUAACACCGGUGUGGUCGAGCAGCCACCUGUCUGUAAUGAUGAUGUACAUUUUCAUGAGCUGGAUAGUGCAAAUACUUCGAAUGAUGAACCAACUCCUGAAAAAGAUUUGACUCUGGAAGCAAGGGGGAGUAGUAAGGCUCUUAAUGAACGGAGAGGGAACGACGUGAACUUGGAAAGGAACAGUGAAGGUGAAAACCUUGGUCGAGGAUGUAGGGAAAGACGUCCUCUUGAGAAGCUGAAGGACUAUGUAUGCCACACAGCGCAACACAUCAACGACCCCCUCGUUGAUCAUGCCACAUCGUGCCACUCCUCAGGUGUGUCUUAUCCUAUUGCACGCUACGUGACUUGUACUAAUUUUUCCUUGAGACAUAGAUAA